AUGGAACAAACAAAAAACAACGAUAAGCAGCCAGAGAACAGAGUGUGGUGCUGUGCUUGGGGCUUGCUCAAGCGCCAGCCUAAUGACAAUUGUAGUGCAAAGAAUGUUGAGGGACUACCACAAGGCAACGGCAAGCCCAAGGAGUUUAUCAUUACGGGCGGCAAUAAGCCACAACUCAAGAUUGUUCACAUUUCGCCCACCGAGGGCAAUGCCUUUCCGCAUGAGUGCAGCCAUCAGUUGCCCGGAAUGGGGAUACACAAUGUUGCGUUGAGUUCGGACAAUAAUUGCAUCUCGGCCGUCUCAAUGGACGGCAAUUUGAUGCUGGUGAAUGUUAUGGGCGGCAUACGCUUGCCCCGGGUCACGCACUGUCACGUUAGUAAUAUCUGGUCAACGGCUUUCAGUCGCAAUCCCGACUGUGUCUAUGCGGGCUCGGGAAGCGGACAUAUUUUUAAGUACGACACCACGUUGGGUAAACUACAGUACAGCUAUGACACGGAUCGCUGCGAGAAUAUACUGGGCCUGGCCAUCAGUGGGGAUCAGCGCUUGGUGGGCGCCACCGACUACGAGGGCAAUUUCACGCUGAUCGAUGGCUGCACGGGGAAAGUGCUGCGUCGUCGCAACUAUACGAAGCCACUGCGCCGAUUAGUCUACGAUCAGCUCAUGCGAUAUGCCUUGGCUGCCUGCGAUGAUAAGACGAUCAAGUUAAUUGAUUUGCCCAGCGGCAGACUGCGCGAGACUCUGCCGGCACACGAUGCGAUUGUGAUGUCGGUGGAUGUCUCGCAGGAUGGUUUGCGUUUCGUGAGCGGCGCCUUCGAUGGCUCCAUCAAGGUGUGGGACGUACGGACGACAAAGAGCGCGCUCUGCUUUCAGUGCAACCACAACAAGAAUCUAUGGGACGUGGCCUUCAACAAGCUGAGCAACAAGAUCAGCGUAGUCGGCGACGGCAAGGGCCUCGGCGUUUACUACUGUUUAGGUAAUAGGGAGAUGAUGCUUGUCUAG